GCCGGGCAGCCCAGAGCGGAGCGGGGUGGAGCGGAGCCGAGCCGGGCGCGCCGCGGGGAGGACGGAGCUCACCUCCUCUGCAGCGCUCAUGGGGACAGGACGACUUUAAAGGAGUUUCGGGGGGGGGUUUCUGGCGCUGGGCGACCACGGAUCCGGCGAUUCCUGCCCUCGCCUCGCCCUGUCAUUGAUGGGAAAUCAACUGGAUCGCAUCACCCACCUGAAUUACAGCGAGCUGCCGACCGGGGACCCCUCGGGGAUCGAGAAAGACGAGCUGCGCGUCGGGGUGGCUUACUUCUUCUCGGAUGAGGAGGAGGACCUGGACGAGCGAGGCCAGCCAGACAAGUACGGCGUGAAGGGCUCCGGCAGCCCUGGCCAGGAGACGCCCACCCACCACCUCCACCACCAGCUGGUGCUGAACGAGACCCAGUUCUCCGCUUUCCGCGGCCAGGAAUGCAUCUUCUCCAAGGUCAGCAGCGGCCCCCAGGCCGGGGACCUCAGCGUCUACUCGGUGUCAGCCCUGCCUGCCCUCUGCAAGCCGGGGGACCUGCUGGAGCUGCUGUACCUGGGGCCGUCGGAGCACCCGCCGCCGCACUGGGCAGUGUACGUGGGCAGCGGGCAGAUCAUCCACCUGCACCAGGGGCAGAUCCGGCAGGACAGCUUGUACGAGGCGGCCGCGGGCAACGUGGGCCGGGUGGUGAAUAGCUGGUACCGCUUUCGCCCGCUGGUGGCUGAGCUGGUGGUGCAAAACGCCUGCGGGCACCUGGGCUUAAAAAGCGAUGAAAUCUGCUGGACUAACUCCGAGAGCUUCGCCGCCUGGUGCCGCUUCGGGAAAAGGGAGUUCAAAGCCGGGGGGGAGCUGCAGGCUGCUGCCGGCACCCAGCACCAGCAGCAAUACUAUCUCAAGAUCCACUUGGCGGAGAACAAGGUGCACACGGAUCAGUGACCGGCUGAGUUAACAUUUCCAUUUCCAGCGGUAAAGAUAUUGACAAAUUAUAUCUGUGGAAUCUGUUUACGUUCUUCAGUCUAGCUACCUACGGUAAAUAUUUAUAUCUCACUCAUUGCUCUUGAAGUACUGACCUGUAAUAUGACUGCGAUGUUAGGAUACUUUGUACACCUUCCUUUUGUGUCACGUUUCAAGCUUUCUGUUAGCUAUUUGGGCAGUGGUUUUAUAGGAUCUCUUUUGCUCGGGUAGUAUUUUCUUAGUCUUUUCAAAAUCCAAACUUUGGAAUUGCUUUAAGGCUAAAAUUUUAUUAAAAAUUCAAUUCAUGUCCUCUUGAAACAUAAAGAACCUUUGUGAAUGUUUUACUGUUAUGACCGAAAAGUUUGCUGGUUAUUGGCUGUGCAUAUAAGUAGAGGACUGUAAAGAUGGUAGCAAAAUAGGUUUUGUCACUGUCAAAUUUUGUCUGUGUCUCCAUCUUAUGUUUCAAGGUUACUUUGUUUUCAUUUGUUAGGAUUUUUUCCCCUCUCAAGCCAUUAUGGUUGUAUAAAAUGAAAAAAAAACAAAACCAAACAAACCCAAAAACAACACAAACAAACCCCACCACCAAAAACCAAAAAACCCACCCUUAUAGUGUAUUUUUUAGGGCAAUAUGCUAUCGAUCCAUAUGUGGAUUUUAGAUUAAAAUCAGGGUGUAAUAAGGUGCAGCUUUCAGGGUGUGACAAAAAAUUGGCCUUCAGUUUGUGCUAGAGUGAGCAGUCUUAUUUAUCCUGCUUCAUUUCAUUUUAGGGUCUUUCAUAUUCAGGUAAGUGAUGUGCAAAAAUCUGUCAGAGUUUAUAGACCUGUUUAUGCGAUAUGUUGAACAUCUGUAACUCCAACCAACAUUAGCUGGGGUUGAGAGAAUGCUGGAUCUCACUCGAGACAUACAGCAUCUUGUGGGAUCAGGUACCUCAGCCCAUCCAGUUCCCAACCCGCUGUCUGCAGCUAGAGGAGGUAGUGCACUGAUAGCUACUGCUAGUUUUAAGAUUUAGUUAUUUUCUGUGAAAGAUUUCUACUAGGGUAGCUGACAGUGUUCUGACCAUAAUUAUACCUGGCUUUGUCUAAGAGGUUGUACGUGUUGCUGCUUAUGCUGUGCAAACAGUGUGUUUUCUGUUUUAUAACCCAGGAGAAAGAUGAAAGCCCCAGUCCCAAAGAAUUAAUAGAGAAAUAUGUAAGGAGGUAUGAUUGGGCUACUAUGCUGAAGGCAAUUUCACUUAAGAAUUAGGGUCUAAAGGAUAAUGAUAUAUGACUAGAGUAUGAUCAUGUGCUGCUGUUAGUUCAUGGCAAGUCUGAAAUUUAUUUGCUGACUUUGUUAUUAUGAAAUAUUUAACUUCUCUGUACUUUGAGUUCAAAUUUGACAUGCACAACUGCCCUACGCUCAUGGAUCCUCUGGCACAAUGUUAGUUUAAUCUGUCAGAUUUUUUUAUAGUUUUACUGUAAAGAAAAUACUGGGAUCAGAUACUUUACUGAACUGCUUGUAAAUCAAAAAGAGGGUAGCGUAGAUGUCGGAAAAAGACAAUGAACUAAGAAUCUUCUGUUACUUGGCAUACUGGUGGAUUUACUCCAGAUUAUAUAGAUAUAAUCUAUACAUAUAUAAACUACCAGUGCUGUAUUUUUUUAAAGUGGUUGUGAUACUCUGCAUUAUCUCUUUUGCAAAACAGUAUUAUCUUGUCUAAACAACACAAAUCCCCUGUGAACUUCUAUUUUUUUGUAUUGAAAUGCCACCAUGACAUUGAAAAUAAGUUACUUUAAACAUAUUUACCUUUGAGAAAUAAACUAGCAGACGACUAAUAGGAUGUAUAACUGAGCAGCUAGUAAUAUGCACUUUCAUUUCUUAAUUUUAAAUACUUUGCAUCAAGCACAAACAUAUUCAGGUGGAUGUGUCUAGAGGCAUCACAGAACUUCCAAUAGCAGAGGCUAAUCAGAUUGAGAUUAUGCUUUUAUAUGGUGACGCUUUCCUCUUUUUUUUUUUCAUAUUUUUAUUUUGGGGCUCUGGGACAUUUCUGAUUCUGUAUAUGAUCCAUCUAUGUAAAACUGCUUGCCUCUUCAAGUGUUUGCAGGAUGGGGAUCUUUAUAAUAAAAAACAACCUUCAUGUGGCAA